AUGGAACGACAGUAUUUACGACCAGAUGGACGUUAUCCAGUUCCACUGAAUGAAAAUUUCUGGAUAAAUAUCGUAAGCGCCAACAACACCGAACGAAGCGCUGCAGUUGCACAUGAAAUGGAUCAAAUAUAUGCCUCGAAUGUUGCCUCUGAGGUUGAGAAAAUUCUGCGUGAGAACAAAGAAAAUAUCGACAGUGCUGUCAUGAAACAGAUAGCACCCUCAGCGGUAAAUAUUACUGGAAUUCAAUACGAAAAUUUGAUAAGCUUGAGUUUCGACCACGAUGAAUUGAUAAGACAGGAAGAAAAUAAACGAAGACGAAUACGUGAAAAGAUCAUCAAUGCUGCGCUCAGAAAAGAAUGA